GAUCCAUACGCGAAAAUUGGAAUUCCGAGGCCCAAACUCCCGGACAAAAAGCAGCAUGGUUGUUGUAGAGCUGAAAUUUUCUAGUUCCAUUUCAGAAAGCGAUCCACAAGAGCAACCAUGCUUAAUCAUUGGACAACUCGAACAUCUCAAGGAUGCCGACUUUGCAGACAUUCGGAAAAAGUUGAAGCCACGUGUCGAAGAGAAGACCUUUAAAGCUGCUGUAGGAUUGGUUCGCCCUCCUAGUGUGCCAGGUACGAGCUGUUCAACGUGCAGUGUUUGGUUGAACAAGGUCGUUGUGGCCGCACUUCCUCAGUGUGUCAGUCGACACAACUCUGAUGCUCGUCCUCAUGCUCUAACGAAAGCUGUCUCUAGUGGAUUACGUGGGCGAACUGAUGAAGUAAUAUUGGUUGUUUGUCCAGAAAAGGAGGCAUUUGCAUCUGCAUGCGCUAUUGCUAGAGCAUUUCCUCUGUUCAAUGAGAAGGUGCCUAGGGAUGCCAGUGACGGCAAAGACUCAUCAGCUGUCAAAUCUCGAUGUGUGACUAUAGAAUUUCUGCUUGCCGGUCCUGAUAAGGGCAAGACAUUGAUGCCUGGUGCUGAGGAAGCGAUGGCAGCAGCAGCAGAUGGGAUUAGGUUGGCUGCUAAGAUUGUUGAUGCUCCUUGCAAUCUUAUGCAUACGGAUAUUUUUCUGGAGCAUGUUCGUGCUGUGGCUAAGCGUCUUCGAAUCAAACCAGUCAUAAUUCAAGGAGAAAGCCUUGACAAAGGUGGAUUUGGAGGAAUUUAUGGUGUUGGUAAGGCUGCCGUUCAUCAACCAGCUUUGGCUGUUCUCAGUCAUACACCAAAGGGUGCCACUAAGAAUAUUGCUUGGGUUGGCAAGGGAAUUGUUUAUGACACUGGCGGUCUCUGCAUCAAGGACAGAUUGCACAUGGUAGGAAUGAAGAGAGAUUGUGGAGGUGCUGCAGCCAUUUUGGGUGCAUUUGAAGCUGCUGUGACUUUGGGGUUCAACGAGAACCUUCAUGCAAUAUUCUGUCUGGCCGAAAAUGCAGUCGGGCCCAUUGCAACUCGACCUGACGACAUUCAUAAACUCUAUUCAGGAAGGACUGUCGAGAUCAAUAAUACUGAUGCUGAGGGACGUUUAGUGCUUGGAGAUGGAGUUGCAUAUGCUCGCAAAGACCUGAAUGCUGAUGUUGUUGUUGACAUGGCAACACUGACUGGAGCACAGGGUAUCAGCACUGGGAGAUUCCAUGCUGCGGUUUUGACGAACAAAGAGGACUGGGAGCAGUCUUGUAUGACCGCUGGAAAGCUUAGCGGUGAUUUAGUGUUUCCCAUUCCGUACUCUCCCGAGCUACAUUUUGGCGAGUUCAACAGUGUAAUUGCAGACAUGAAGAACUCGGUCGCUGACCGCUCUAAUGCACAGAGUUCUUGUGCUGGCCUUUUCAUACACUCACACUUGGGCUUUGACUAUCCAGGUGUGUGGGUACACUUGGACAUUGCUGCGCCAUGCCAUGCAGGAGAACGUGCAACUGGUUAUGGCGUUGCCAUUCUUCUGGCUCUCUUUGGUCAGUCUUCCGGAAACUCGCUGUUGCAGUUUUUGGGUCCACAGUGUGAAAUAUCUGUGGUGGACAAUGAUGCACAAACACAACCUCCUCCGUCUAAAAAGAGAAAGGCGAAGGAGGGGUGAAUAUAGAUUACAUUGAUUGGUGACCAUUACAGAAUGACGAGCGACAAUUGGUUUGACGUCUCUUGUAAUACUUUUGACUGAUGUGUGUAUGUUGUCUAUUCUAAAAGCACUAUGUACUAAGAACUA